CAUCUGAUCGGUGCGGAUCUCGUGGUCUCGCACCUCACGUCGUCUGUUCGUCUGUCCGCCGUGGACUCCUUGUUAGUUUGUCCCUGUUCCGGUGUCCGGGCUUCCCUUGACUUGGGCCGUUUGUUGUGCUUUGUGUUUUAACAUACAAGAACCCAAAUUAGUUGUGGCUGUGUGAUCACUGUGAUCAAUUUCUCGUGUAUUUGUGUACGUGUAUGCGGUGUUGAAAGGAAUCAAAUCAAUCGGCAAAAUUUGCGAAAGGUUUUCAUUCAAUAAACACUAAAUUCAGCAGCAGCAGCCUAAUCACCAAACUCGCAGAAUAAAUCGCAAGGGAAAGGUUCCUUAUCCUCCAAACAACGCGAUCGAUAAAAUGCCCUGAUCGAGAUUGUGUCCCGGUCUCGUCGCUUCUGGGAUCCACGAAGAGUUCAUUGUUUGCGGGCGGAAACUAAACGGGUACUCCAGUUUGGAUUUAUUCGUUAUGCCUAUAACCGACAAGCCGCGAUUAAAUCACUCACAAAAUGCCAAAAAAAUCACCCCUAUCACACCCAACCCGUGGGUCACCGGAGGUCCACCGGGAGGUAAAGACGCCGUUCUAGUGUUUCGAACACACGCUCUGUCACCUGUGACUUCGGAAAACGGCGGCGGAGAUCUUUCUCCCGGAGGCAGCCCAGUAGCGGAACCAUCAACAGACUCCACUGCCUCGAAUGCAUCCACCAAUGCCACCUCGAAUGGAGGAUCCACGCGUCUGAAACGAGGCUCCGUCAGUGGCGAUCCGAAGAGUGGCCACAAAUCGUCACCCACUGCCACGAACACACCAUUGCCACUGCCGAAGAAUUUCAACGUUCAGCGGAAGACACGCGGCAGCGUACCGAGCCGAAGCAGCACCACUACCAGCAACGAGGACGACGAAGAGGAGGGCGAUGAGGGGGAAGAGGAGGGCGAUGAGGAUGACGAUGAAGCGGACGAUCGGGAGAACGCGCACAGUAGUAUCGAUCGUCACGACGGAGCCGGCGACGAUGACGAUGAUGAUGAUAUAGAGGGGGCGGGAGAGGAAGGAGACGAGGAUGAUGAGGAGGAGACGGAUAAUGGGGUAACCUCGCAGGACGAGGUGAGCCCAGUAAAGGCGAAGAAGGGUGCAAAGGUGGCGGAUGGAUCGUCUCGUUCGAAUCAGUCGAAGAAACGACAGCUCGAAUCGUCCUCCUCGUCCAGUUCGCUCAGUAACGCGUCGAUGACGAGCGUCAAGGGUAGCUCCGGGGAUGAGAUGCCGGACACGGACAUGCCCACGUCCAAGUCCGAGCCAUCGCUGGCCGUCGGAAGUAGUACGUUGUCGGACAAGAAAGCGCUCGUUGGAGGACACCGGAAAUGCAAGGAAGAGAACAAGGAGAACCAACAGGCGGUAACGAAGACGGAGAUGCCGGCGGCGCAGCUGAAUAUCUGCUACAAGUUUAUCAAUACCGAAACGCGGCUGCUUCGGAAGAUUCUCAACGCACACGGAAUGGGCGAGAGUGGGCCGGAGUGUAACGAUUUCAAUCUGCUCUGGACAGGGAUCCAUCUGAAGCCGGAUAUCCUGCGAAAUUUAGCCCCGUACCAGCGAGUGAAUCAUUUUCCACGAUCUUACGAGCUGACGCGCAAAGAUCGCCUGUACAAGAACAUCGAGCGCAUGCAGCAUUUGCGGGGCUAUAAGCAUUUCGACAUCGUACCACAAUCGUUUCUAUUGCCGCAGGACUACAAGGAGUUGAUCGCGGCUCAUAACAAAUGCCGUGGGCCAUGGAUCGUGAAGCCGGUAGCAUCCAGUCGAGGACGCGGCAUUUUCAUAGUGAAUUCGCCGGAUCAGAUAUCGUCGUUCGAGCAGGUCGUGGUGGCCAAGUACAUCUCCGAUCCGCUCUGCAUCGAUGGGCACAAGUGCGACAUUCGCAUCUACGUCGCGGUCACCUCGUUCGAUCCGCUCAUCAUCUACAUCUAUGAGGAGGGUCUGGUCCGGCUGGCGACGGUAAAGUACGACCGGACGGCGGAGAACCUUUGGAACCCGUGCAUGCACCUGUGCAACUACAGCAUCAACAAGUACCACACCGACUACAUCCGGUCGAGCAACGCGGGCGAGGAGGACGUCGGGCACAAGUGGACGCUGAGUGCGCUGUUGAGGCACCUCCGCAGCCAGGGUUGCAACACCGAGCAGCUGAUGCUCGCGAUCGAGGAUCUGAUCAUCAAGGCGAUCUUCUCCUGCACGCAACCGAUCGUGUCCGCGUGCCGGAUGUUCGUGCCGCACACCGGCAACUGCUUCGAGCUGUACGGCUUCGACAUCCUGAUCGACGAUGUGCUGAAACCGUGGCUGCUGGAGGUAAACCUCUCGCCCUCCCUCGGCUGCGAUACGCCGCUCGACACAAAGGUGAAGGCCUCGAUGCUGACCGACCUGCUUACGAUGGUGGGUAUUCCGGCGAUCAGUCCGCUGCAGAAGGCAUGCUACGACAGCAAGGGUCAGAAGAUUCGCAAUCUCUCCACACCAUACCGGCGUGUUAAUUCGGCCGAUUUCGUGCACACCGCGGGACGGAAGGAUGCCGGAGGUGGUGGUGGUGGUGGAGCGGGUGGUCCCGGUGGUACACAACAGGGGGGCAAAGGAGACGGUGGGAAGCUGCAAACGACGCUCAGUGCGUUGACGGCCGAGGAGCUUAAAAUCGUACGCUUUGCCCGCUCGCAGUACGAACGGCGGGGUGGAUUCGUGCGGAUCUUCCCUACGAGCGACAGUAUGACUCGGUACGGUUCCCUACUGGACCCGGUCACCGGCAUUCCAACGUCGGCCAUUACCUCGUCGAGCAGUGGCACCUAUCUGAUGAUCAUACCGCACAAUUACAAUCAGAUGCUGCACGCGCAACUUUUCCCUCCCGGCAGCGAAACGGAGAACCGCAUCGUGCACCGGAUUCAAAAGUACGAGCGUGCCCUAGAGAGCUCUCUCCCGAUAACGAUCGGACCAAAGCACGCCGCCCCCAAGUGUCUGGACGAGGCGAAGCGGUUGCGGCUGCAGGUGCGUAAGCUGAUCGAGAAUGGGCACGAGAUGAGCAUCCUGCAGGCACGUCGCGCCUUCGGCUAUUACCUCGAGUACAUCCUGAAGCGGCUCUCGUCCGAACCGAAGCACAGCCACGAGGAGCUGAUAAUGAAGUUUCUCUAUCGCGUUGGUGCGCAUAUGAAAACGCCGUUCUUCUUUCGAAACUUCGGUAACAAAGCCCUCGGCAAGGACCGGGGCGCCAUGGUGGCCAAGCAGCUCGGCGACUACCUGCAUCUCUACAACAAGGAAACGGAAGCGUACGUGGACGUGUUCGACAUCGUCGGUAUGCUACCGAUCAAGCUGUUCGACGACUUCCUGCAGCAGGCGAGUGAAGCCGAUCUCGAGUCGGUGCUGACGCUGCACACCAAUCUCACGCAGCAGAUGCCAUUCCUAUACACCGGGUGUUCCACCAGCGUGCCGCCGGCACCGCCCAUUCCCGUCGGGACGCACGGUUUUCUCAAGGCACUGCCAUCCAUGGCACCAGGCGGUGCCAACAAGGAACUGAUCCGGCUCGAUCCUUUCUACCGGCGAGUGGAGAGUCGUCUACCACUUGGAGCACGCACUUCCGGCCUGCCCGAGUCCUCCUCCCGCGUCGGUGUCGGUGAAUCGAAAAGCUCGGCGCGCCUCUCACCGAUGAAGAAAAAACCCCCAAUCGGGAGUAUGGUGAAGUCGUCUCGCGAACGAGAGCAACGAUCAAACUGGCUUUACUAAAACGCGGGGGUGCUUAGGGUACGAUGGGAGCGGUUUAUUUAUUUGAUACUCGUUAUGUUUUAGUUGCUAAAUUAUGGUUGCAUAAGUUCUGUCAAUAUUUUCGUUAGAAGAUCCUUUUUUUUGUUGGAUUUAUUCCAAGCUGUUUGUAAACGUUUUCUGUUAAAUUAUGUCCUUUAAAUGUAUGUGUGUGUGUUAAAAUGCUUCGUGUGGAUCAUUUGUUUGCUGGUAUCAUUAUUAUGUACACUUCCACGCCCAUUGGGCUUUUUUUUGCGUACGAUACUCGUGUUCAACGUAUAACCGAUCCUAGAACCGACUAAUCAAGGGUAUUAAUAAUAAUCCCAUCGUGGAUGGUCGUUUUAAACCAGUUAAGUCCGAUAGUUCCAUAAGAGUUGUUUUGUGCGAUAAAUUAUAGUCAAUUCAUUUCAUAUCGGUUAAGAUGGAAAUAUGUUUCUUUGUCGGUUUUGUACUUACAAGACGAUUUUGGUACAACGAUGCUAUACUGCUAGAAAUGUUUUUCGAAACGCCGAAAAAAACUGUUUCAUUCACCCAUUCGACGAAGGGUUUCCUGUUAGGUGGAUUUCUAUAGUUCCAAAUAGCCGAUUCGAUUUCCGAACCGAAGCUGUGUGUGUGUUUCUUACACACGUAACCGUUCUUUUUCUCAUCCUCUGCUCUAUCUUUCUCGUGGAAAUUCUAGUCAUUUAUUCCAAAAAACAAAUUACAAAUCUCAUUGACAAAAUUCAAUUUUGAUGUAAUUGUGAUCGACGUAAGGUUCGAAGGUAGCUUCUCACACCAAAUAGGAGGGGGUGUAAAGCGAUACGAAUACUGCAACGCAUGACCUUUCGAUUGUGAUAUGAGAAAAUAAUAAUGGAGACAUUGGUUGCCGAUGAGGCCACGCAAUACCAAAUCGAUGAAAAAAAACCGUGUAGGAUCUGGUACGUAAGGUGUGACUACAAAGAGAACUGUUGCAAAACAAAACACAGAAAGCUAAACAUUAACGCAAGUCCGUCAAAUAUGAAACGAAAUCAAGUGCUUUUUCCCUUUUACUCGCGCGUAGAUUUUUCACAAGUUUUUAGCGAAAUGAGGGGGAUAAAUUAAGAAAACGAAAGAAAUCGGUACAGAAAUGCAGCGAAUCGGGGGAGGAUUGUGGAAGGACUAUGUACAAGGCCGUACGAUAAACGUAAUUUUACCGUAAGAAAAUGGAACAGAACAGGUGUGCAGGAGAGUUAGCCUUUCUAGUCUUUGCUUGUUAUCCGAUUGAAAUUCCCAAACUUCCGACUCAUGCUGCGUACAGCAGACCGGUUCAACCUCUUCAUUCCAAAGUUAAACUUACAUCUUCCUAUUCCUGGGUGUAUUGAUGAAGCAAACAGAUCGAUCGUCGAGACGACGACUAACAGGCUUAGAAAACAAUUGUAAAAUGAAAUUCCCGCCCGUGCGAAAGGUUUAUUUCUACAAACCCGACAGUUUCCGCUUAACAUUUACUAUGGCCCGAAACGACUCGAAAGCUGCCACAGCGACACGAUCAUUUUAUGGAGGGGGGAAAGCCGUAGGUGAUGGAUGGGAAGAGGCGAGUUAGAGUUAAUGAAUCACGUACGAACCGACGCGGUUCACUGAUUUCACAAUCAUAUACCACAAGUUUAGUCGUAAGUAUCGGUAGGCUUCCGAGGUUGGGGCCGUGGCAGUUACACGCACAGUAACUUGUUGCUUUUAGGGUAACAUUUAAGGUGGACAAUUAUGCACAAAUUUUACAGUUCUUAACAAACGAUUAAUGGAAGCGACAGAAAAAGAACAUCACAGUGAUACAUUCAAUAUUUAAAAGAAAAAAAUAUAUAUAGCAUCUAAAAACCCCCACACACUACCAAAAAAAAGCACGCACACGCGAACGUCAUAUUGUUAUAAGCAUAUUUAUUAGAUCAGGCAAUUCCAAAGCACAACCGGACCUUUUGAGAAGUGUCCACCACAUCAAUUCCCGAGCGGUAUGUAGCGGCUUAGAUAGGAACAGCUUGGUUUGUGAUAGUCAGCUUACCUAUUGUUUCUUUUUUUAACAACCAUCAGGCAAUUCAUCAAAGUUAUCCACAACAGAGACAUUAAAUCACUAGAAAACACGUUUUCUAAUAAAUUAAUUUAUCGAGAAAAAAGAAAUCUCAACUAUUCACAGAACAUAUUACGCAACAUUUUCAAUCGCCAUCGGAGUGGAGGAGGUGAAGUUCUACUACUCGUGUUUUUAUGCCUAGAAGCCUAACUAGAACAGAAACAAAACUGCAAAUCCUAACGAGUCAGAAAUUUGUAAAAUUUCAAAAAAUUCAAA